AUUUUGUGUCAGUCGGCCCGUAACGUUUCCGGGUUUCCGAGAACCAGCCGAUAAACCAACGGUGUCGGCAGGAGUAUGGGUCUGCCUGCGGGUCAGGAGUGCGGGUAAAGUUGUGAGCAGCGGAUUGAAAUUGUUUAAAAGUUAACCAUUCAAACGAAUCCGUCAGUUGUUUAUAAGCUACGCGGGCACAAAUAUCUGUUGUUUACAUCGGGAGGCUACUUUGCAUGUAGCCGCCGGGACUGUGACAGUGACAGCUGGCGGAGGAGGAAGCAGCCCGCUGCUAGCCCACCAGCUAACUCCCGCUAGCACCAGCUAACUCGGGUUAGCGGCGGCCGACACCGAGCUAGCGUUAGCCGGCUAACUUUUCAGGAUUUUAGCGGGACUCGCCAGGCUUCCAGCAGUUUUUUUUUUAGUCAAAACCAGAGACACAACGGCACUUUUCAUUUUCCAUUCAUGUUGUUUUCGAGGACGAGAGUCGCCGAGCUGUUCUUCGACACCGGGAGCCAGUGUGUGUCAUCGAAGUUGAGACGGUGAAGUGACAGCCCCCCCCUCCCAUACAGAGGUGCCAACAGUGGGACAGGAUGCCCAUUCCUCCCCCUCCCCCUCCUCCCCCAGGACCCCCGCCUCCCCCCACCUUCAACCAGGCAAACACCACUCCACCCAAGCUGAGUCGUGAUGAGGCUAAAGGCCGGGGAGCGCUGCUGUCAGACAUCUGUAAAGGCACCAGGCUGAAGAAAGUCGCUGCAGUCAAUGACCGCAGUGCACCUAUUCUAGAGAAAUCAGGAGGAGGAGGUGGAGGAGGAGGAGGUGGUGGUGGUGGUGGUGGUGGUGGAGGUGGUUUUGGAGGAGGACCAAUGCCAAUGGGAGGCCUUUUCCAAGGCGGUGUGCCAAAAUUGCGCCCAGUUGGAGAUGGUACAGUGGGCAGAUCGGCCCUGCGGCCCCCAGGCUCCCGGCCCGCGGCCCCGCGCCCCCCUGCCGGACGCUCCGCCUCACCCUCCCCGGCUGACAAGCCCUCCCCGCCAGAGCACCACCGCUCCCACCGGCCCUCGCUGCCGGACAUCUCCCGGCCCUCCAGUGCCAGCUCCUCACACUCUUCCACCGGCAGCGGGAUGAAACACAGCACCUCAGCCCCGCCGCCUCCUCCCCCCUUUAACAGAGGUGGCCGUGGCAACGCCCCACCCACCCCAAAUCAGAAAGCAUCCGCUCAAUCUUCAUCCUCCUCCCACAACCGAGAGAAGCCUCUCCCACCCACACCCAGCAGAGGCCCCGCCCCUCCCAGCGCUGUCCCGCCUCCCUCCAUGAAGCCGCCUCCCUCUUCCAGCAGACCUCCCACCGGUGGCUCCUCAGCACCUCCUCCUCCCCCGCCGUACAGGCACCCGUCAGGCGGCGUCUCCAACGGGCCGUCCCAUGUAGAUGGUGCUCCAGAGCUGCCACAGAGGCACAACUCACUGCACAAAAAGAACCCUUCAGGGGGCAGCCACGGACGCAGCCAUGCUCCGCCCCCUCCGCCCUCGGCGUCUCCAGGCCCCCAGCAAGGCAGCAGACCGCCGCCGCCCGCUAGAGAGCCACCUGGCCGCAGAGCAGCUCCCCAGGUGCCCCAUCCUGGGUCUCGAAACGGCGGUCGGGACGCCCCUCCCCCUCCGCCCCCCUACCGUGUCCACAGCUCUGUGGCCCACUCUGUGACCUCCGACACCCACAGCCGGGGGAGCAAACCACCUCCUCCUCCCUCAUCUUCCUCCUCCUCCUCCUCUUCCUCAUCCCGCACCCCGGCCGGACCCCCGCCACCGCCCCCACCCAUCCGGAACGGUCACUCCUCCAUCUCCUCCUCCAAGUCCAUUAUAGAUGAUUUUGAAUCCAAGUUCAACUUCCACCCUGUUGAAGACCUCCCGCCGCCAGAGGAGUACAGGCAUUUCAGCAAGGUGUAUCCCAGCAAAAACAAUAAGGCCAUGAUGAGAGGAGCUCCUCCAGCGCCGCCAGUGGGGAGGUGAACAGCAUGCAGCUCAGGACUUGAUAAACCAGUCAGUCUGAUCGAUGGACAUUCAGGGGAGCGGUGCAAAGCACUUGAAAUACAAACACACACUACAACACACACACACACACACACACACACACAGGAAAAACACUAAAUCACCAGCCAGUAGCACAGUGACGAAUGCAAAGUGAGCGCCCACUACACAGGUUUGACACUACAUCUCACAGGCGGUCACUGUCCUCACACUCUGUCUCUGCAUGAUAGAAAAACCACUUUUGAAGCGGCAGACGGACUCGGCUGCCACCUUUCUGACGGGACGCGGGGGUCGUCGUCGUUGUUGACACUACAUAGCAGGACCAACUUUUAAAAAACAAACAAACAAAAAAAAAAACAACUUCCUAAUCUGUGCAUUCCAUCUUUGUUUUGAUCCAUAAUCCAUGAUGAUGAUGAUUUAUAAUGAUGUUAUUUUUACCAUUUUUUUUUUCCUUUCCCCUUGGUGUUAGCAUUAAUUUGUGGUGUUGGGAAAACGUUUCAGUGCUAGAAAUGGCAACUCUUUGGAUUCAUCUUUCCGUUAUCAGCGGAUGAAUUACACUCAAGUCGACCCACGCCACUAAUUGCCAUGAAUGUGGGGGCUAUUCAUUGUUUUUUAUUUUAUUUUGACCUUUUUUUCUAGGUUUUGGGUUUUUUUUUUUUAACCUUAAAUAGCCAUUCCAGCAGUGCCAGGUGAGGUGGUGUGUUCAAAUCAGUUCUCUCUCUCUCUGUGUGCCAAAAGUGGGUGGAAAAGAUUGAACUGGGUGCAGAGACUUUCCAUUGAUGUUAUAUAUAAAACUGACAUUUUACUUUUUUUUUUUUUUUUUUUUUUUUGAUCAUGGACAAAAUGCAUUCCUGGAACGCUUGCCAAGAUAUGAGAGAAGCCUUGCCUGGUAGUUUUGACAUUUGGAGAGGGGCUAUUUUCCGGUUUGGUUCUUUAUUUUAUUAUUUUUUUUCUUUCUUCCUUUCUUUAUUCGGAGGUCUUUGUAUUUCUCUCUUCAGGCGAUGUUGCACGGCAGCUUCACUGCUAAACCGGGACACUGUGCAUGAUGAUACCCGUGGACACUGGACGGUGAUCUGUGCACUGUAGCAGGAUUACGGUCAUGUUGUCAUUUUUUUUUUUUUUUUUUUUUUUUGGUCAAAAUAAUGGAAAAAAAAAAAACACUACAGGGUUCAUACAUGACAGCAUGUUUUACAUCCAAGCUCCUACAUGUCUGUGAUUUAAAUUAAAAAAAAAAAAAAAAAAAAAAAAAAGGAAAGCAGGCGUUCGGAGAGCUUCACAGAGCCCUCAUCUUCCUCACAACACGCUGUGGGCCCCGAGCUGAAGGCCAAGCCAAAAUUAAUUCUCAUGUCUUUAAAGGACCAAGCUCAGAGAGCUGCAGGUUUGCAGAGCGGAGCGCCGGGCGAGUUCAAAAGGGAAAACCUUUUCACUGUAUGCAAAAUCCUCCUUCCAGGGAAGUCGCUCUAAAAGCUUAACAUUGUUUCGUAGCCAGAAUAUUUUACUUUGCUGCUGCUGGCGGCCCUUUUCAGGACUGGAUGGCCAGAGAAAGACAACGUGCUUGUAUUUUUUUUUUUUUAAUGCAUUGCUAUGCAAGGAACACUUUGAAUGAGUUCUAGUUGGUAGCAGCUAACCAAAAAAAGGAAACUUAAGUGCCAGAGAACUGUUGGAGCAGAUGGAGGUUAUCAUAGGAGUUCUUUUCUAAAAAUUGUCUUUUUUUUCUCUCUUUCUUUUUUCGUAUGCACACUCAUAACAUCGUGGUGUUGCAGUUAUCAAGAUAUGACGCAGGAGAAUGAACAAAAUCUUUUUUUUUUUUUUUUUUUUUUUGGGUGUAAGUGAGGUGAGAUUCCCCCAUUUCAAUGCUGUAGCGCCUCCUGCUGGUCCUUGCCUUACAUAAAUCUAUGGUCAUACUUAUCGGUACCAGUGCAUUUGUUUGGAGGGGGGGAAAGAGGUGGUGCAAAAAAGUAAAGGAGAAACAAUGCUAUUUGAAAAUGCAAUAAAUAUUGUAUAUUUACAUUGAGUAUGAGGAAUAUGGUAAUCAUAGUCAUUGAUCUAUUUUUAUGUUGUAAAAAGCUUGUAAUAUAGGAAAGACAGAUGAUUAAGAGUUAUAACAAUGUUCCAGUGGGUGGGCUUUGUCCCGCCGGGGGUCGACCGGUGUCGGUGGCACUUCUCUCUAUGCUCGGCCGUAGGGGGGAGGAGGGGGGGUUCGUACGCUGGAUGGAUGUGUGUGAAGUGGCAGGUAAAACACCGGACAAACGCAGGUAAACCUUUUGCUGCCGCUGUGAAAUUUGCCUGCCAGCUGCUUUGGCAGGUCAUCAUUCGGAUGUCCUGCCUCUGAAAAUCUUACCGGCUGGUAAGAAAGGCGAGGUGGCCGGCGGGUUGAAAACAGUCACACUUCCUGUCCUGGAUGUAAACUCACAUUCUCACCCAGGUGACCAGUCAUCACGUUUUGUCUCCUCGUGUUCUCACCUCGUCCACUUUUACGAGCAAAACCCUGUGGUCAUUCCAUGUUAAUCAACCAUUGUUUUUAUCAUUUGAAAUAAUUACAAAUAAAUAUAUGCCUUUGGGGAAUAGGGUACUUGG